AUGGAAACUCUGGUUCAAAGCGACACAGUACAAAGUCAUCAGAAUGAUAGCAUGGUUAAGUUCCUAAUCAAUGCAAUUGGUGAUCAGCAGCGUGACAGUGGUAAAGUACAUUUGCCAUUGUGUUUCACAAAAUUGGCUAUAUACCAGAAAAUGUGCAAGGAGCUGAAAUUGGAAGAUAUUGUCAGAAGGUCACAAUUCUACAGCAUUAUGGAAAAAGAAUUCGGCCAUGUUUUAAUUCCAAAGGUACAUGUAUAAUUAAAAUAUAAUAUUGAUCUAAUUAUAUAUUCAAAAUUAAAUCCUACUAAAUAUGAGUCAAGUCAACACAAGGUUUUAUUUCAGCAAGCAGUAUAACCUGAGUAUCAGGCCCUUAAUAUGUUUUCAUCUCAGGUUACAAGCAGUAGAGAAAGACAGUGUAGAGUCUUGAGAUUUACUUUUCUUGAGAGAAACCUUUCUAAGACCUUUCUGUUUCAUUCAUUACAGGAAAAGAGGCUCACUAAAUGUGACAGCUGUACCGAUUACAAGAAAGCCCUUGAAUCCACAACCAACAAAGAAAAAAGAAAACAAAUUGAGGACAUUCUCCAGAAACAUAUUAAUCUUGUAAUGUAA